UCGGGUUGCACCGAGCGGAAGUGAAGCGGUCGCCAUUGUUGUGUCGUGGCUCUGACGGCGGCUCAGGUGAUUGUGAGCAGCAGAAAGGCGAGAAACACUCCGAUCCUCGGAUAAAGCCCCGGCUCCGAGCCCCCCCCGGCCUCCUCCCGCUGACACUUCCCGAUUCCUUAAGACCCGGAUAUGACCUCCUUUUUUGAAUGGAUUUAUAAUGGUUUCACUAAUAGCUUCUGUAGUGCACUUCAGUUUCUAGGACUGUACAAGAAAUCGGGAAAAUUAGUAUUUCUAGGACUGGACAAUGCUGGAAAGACCACUCUGUUGCACAUGCUCAAAGAUGAUAGACUGGCACAACAUGUGCCAACGCUACAUCCAACCUCAGAAGAGCUGACGAUUGCUGGGAUGACUUUUACUACUUUUGAUCUGGGUGGCCAUGCACAAGCCCGCAGAGUCUGGAAAAACUACCUCCCUGCUAUCAAUGCUAUUGUCUUCCUGGUUGACUGUGCAGACUGUGAGCGUCUGGCAGAAUCUAAAGCAGAGCUUGAUGCACUAAUGACAGAUGAAACUGUUGGAAAUGUGCCUAUUCUUAUCCUUGGUAACAAAAUUGACCGACCUGAGGCAAUCAGUGAAGAGAAGUUCAGAGAACUGUUUGGACUGUACGGACAAACAACGGGAAAGGGAAAUAUUUCCAUGAAGGAGCUUAAUGCACGACCACUAGAAGUCUUCAUGUGCAGUGUCCUGAAGAGACAAGGUUAUGGCGAAGGUUUCCGCUGGCUAGCUCAGUACAUAGACUGAAGCUGACUUUGGGAAAGUUAUCUGUCAUAGGCUGAAGAUCAGCUACCAACAUACAACAACUUGAACCUAAUAGACAUUUUCUGGGUAUAUGUUUGGUUAUAAAAGUUUGAUGUUUUUCUAGAAGAAUAACAAUAGCAUUGGCUGCGCUAAAAGAAAAAAAAUCAUCUGUAUGUAUGAGGCCUCAAAAGUUCUUAAACAAUUUGUAUGUUUGAAGUUACAAUAUGGUAACACUCUAAUUUCAGUGGAUAAGAUACCUGUUUCCCUACUUUGAUUUAUAACAUUAACCAAACCAUCAAUCUGUACAGUUUUGGACAGAGAGUGUACUUAGACAAACAUAGCAUCUGAAUGCACUUUUUAACAGGAAAGCAACAUACAUGUGAGCGGUAUUUAAUGAUCAUGUAAAAAUUUUUAUGUACUAUUUUUAACUUGUUCAGUUCAAUAAAUUUAGAACAUGUAACCACCUAUCCUUUUAGUAUCUGAAGAAUACAAAUAUUUUUAGAAAAAUCUCAAUUUGUUGAUACUUACUGCAUGAUGCCUUAACAUUUUCAGGAGUAUCCCUGAGCACCCUGUAUUAAAUUAGACUGUAACCAGUUUGUUCCUUGCUUGAGAAAUAGAAGAAAAGAAUACUCAUUCCUUAUCAA